AUGGCCCCUUCAAGCUGGGUCCUCGCGGCCGCGUCGCUGCUGUUUGGCCAGGCACUAGCCCAGUGCCAGGGCACGUCGCCCACUCCCAGGUGGAACAUCCAGAUGGAGUCAGGCUACCGCAGCAAGCUCCUCCUGAAUGGCCUGUCCACACCCCGAGGCGUUGACUUUGAUCGCCAGGGCAACCUGCUCAUCGUCGAGCGCGGCCUGGGAAUCUCGUACGUCAAGCUGACCGAGGCCGCCGACGGCAGUGUGUGCGUUCAAGAGCGGAAGCUGCUCAUCAACGAUGCCCAGCUCAAUCACGGCAUCGCCAUGUCGCCCGACGGCAACAUGCUCUACGUAUCCAGCACUGAGAAUGUGUACCAGUACGUAUACGAUGGUGUAGCGGGCACGGCCACGGGCCGCAAGACACUUGUGACGGGGAUGACGGUUCCGGGAACCACACACCCGACGCGCUCGUUGCUCGUGUCGCGCGCCAACCCAGAUCUGCUGCUCGUUCAGCGCGGCUCCAACGGCAACCUGGAUGCCGACGCGGCAAGGGAAGAGAUCGGCCGCAGCGUCGUGCGCUACUUCAACAUCUCCGAGGUCGCCGCCGCAUCACAGCCGUUCGCCACGGGCGGAAGCCUGCUGGGCAUGGGCCUGCGCAACAGCGAGGCUAUUGGCGAGAAUGUCCCCAGGGGAGAGUUUUGGUCCGUCGAAAACUCGGUCGACAACCUGGCGCGUCAGGGCCGCACCAUCAACAACGAUAACCCGGCCGAGGAGAUGAACUUCCACGGGCGCAUCGAGGCCGGCAACCCGCGGCUGGGCGGCAACUACGGCUACCCUGAGUGCGUGGCGGCGUGGGAGCUCUCGACGCUCGCCAACCCGUCGCUGUCGGUGGGGUCUCAGAUCGCCAUCUCGGUGCCCGUGGGCGCCAACGUCACGACGGCCGACUCGUCCUGCCAAAAGUAUCUGGGCCCGCGCCUCGUCUUCCCGUCGCACACGGCGCCGCUCGACGUCAAGUUCACUGCCGACGGCAAGUACGCCUUCAUCGCAUUCCACGGCAGCUGGAACAGGUCACCCCCGGACGGAUACCGCGUCGAGAGGGUCGAGUUUGGCGCCGACGGGCAGCCCCUGGCCAACUCGACGAGCAAGACGGCCAGCGUGGCCGUCAUGAGGAACGGAAACAAUGCCGUGUGCCCCGGUCAGUGCUUCAGGCCCGUCGGGCUGGCGUUCGACCCCAAGGGGAGGCUGUUCAUGUCCAGUGAUUCGACCGGGGAGAUUUAUGUCCUCUCCGGUGGCACUGGGUUGGGUGCAUAA